AUGUCACAACCAACCAAUUCUCCAAAGGCAAAGAAGGCUCGUAAGAGUACGGCGAAAUCCAUCAAAGUAACAAUUGCUGGCGAGCCAAUACAAAGAAAAGCUGAAAGGGUUGAAACUUCAAUAGUUGAGCCAACUGAAGUACCGAUUCUAACUCCUCCAAGUUCUCCUUUUCAUCAAUCGGUACAAAUAGAGACUGAAGAAGUUCAACGCACACCACCACAGCAACAUCAACAAGUCCAAGAACCUGAAUCAACAACAAAGAAAACUGCAAAGCCAAGGCAUUCUAAUCAUUCUGCAGAAUUCAAUGAAGCCUUUGGUAACAUUCCUUUGGGUUCUAGACCGAUGCCACAUUUAGAUGAUAUUUCCGACAUGCCAUUCUUUGAAGACGAAGACAGAACAAAAGUUGUUGAAGAUCAUGUAACAAAGAUUGAGAAAGAAAAGGCAGCUUCUUCUGAUGAAAAGUUGAAGAAUAUAGAAGUUGAAAACGUCGUCUUAAAGAAUGAGGUUCAAGGUCUAAAUGACAAAGUUGCAAGUCUUGAAGCAAGCAAUGUUGCGCUGAACGAGGUAGUUCAAGGCUUGUUAACUAUAAACGAGCAGCUAUCUACUUCAAGCAUCAAACUAAAUGCUGAGAAUGAGAUUCUAAAGAAGGUGAUGAAUAAUCUUGAAGCAGAUAAGCAAAUAAAGUCGAAGCAGAUUGAAAAGUUGUAUACUCUUUUGGAAGACAAAAUAGGUUUGAAUGUUGAUGUUGAAUUUGAUCGGAUCGAAAUCCGAAGAGCGGAGGCUUGGAGGAUUGAGCGUGAAAGAUUAGCAGCUGAAUUCGAGUUAGUCGGUAAGCCAGUGGUUGUUCAGUAUAGUGAGGAAGAAAAUCAAAGGCUUGCUGAAGUUGAACGUCGUCGCAACAAAAACAAGAAUGAUGAAGAUAAAGAUGAUGAGGAUGAAGAAGAAGAUAGUGAUCUUCGUGACAUCGACACCUACAAGGAAAGUGAUAAUGAUGACGAUGGCGAUGAUCAAAGUGGUAAUGGUAUGAAGAUAGUGAAAAGAUCGGGUGAUCAUCAGGUGCAAGAUUACUUAGAUGAUACUCAGUAUGAAGAAAGAGAUGAUGGGGUUUCUGACCAGAACAUCAAAUUUGAUUUUGAAGAUGAUCUUGAGAAGACAAAUCCUAGCGAAGCAGAUGAUUAUGUAUUCAGGAUUGUUGAUGAAGCAGAUAACUUCAACAACGUUGUCAUGGAAGAUGAUUCUGAAUCUGACAAUGAAGAACCGUUUCAUUAUUCCGGUAAACGUUCAGAGGAUUUCCCAACGUUCGCCGAGAGACCGCGCUAUAUGAAGAAUAUGCCAUUGAAAGAAAUGGAGCAAGACUUCUACAGAGAGUUCAAAGGGAGGUACUAUGACCCAAAAACAUGUGAAGCGGUGAUCUCUUUGCAAAAUGAAGAAAACUGGUAUUGGAGAAGUAUUCAUGUGCUUAACCUGAUGUGGUUGGUCAAUUGUUCAAAAAAAGACAUUGAAUGCCUAUUCUUCAAUAAGAUAGUGUUCUUUCUGGAAGAUAAGGAACAGGCAUUACAAUUCCAAAAGCUGAUCAAUGUAUGUUUUGAAAAAGAUAUCAAUUCUGGUCAAUACUGGAAGUCGAACUGGAGAGAUCUUGAAAGAGAAGAAUUCCUGAAAGAAGAAAGACAGAAGGAGCUGAUCAACAAGAAGAUUAAGAAAGUAACUUUCUUAGCAUGUUUGAAGUUUCCUAACAAGCCAGUUGCUACUGAUCAAACUCUGAUAGAAAAGGAAGAAAGAAAGAAGGUCAGGAUUACUAAGUUCUUCGAUUUCAAUCAACAGACCAGAGAGUGGUGGAUGACCAAGGGAAGAUUUGAAAGAUUAGAUUAUGUUUCGUACGAAAUUGAUGGUUUUUGUAUGUAA